AUGCAGGGCGUUCAAGUCACGAACGGUACUGGGGUGACUCCCGCGACCCCCGCUGCGACGCCGGGUGCUGGUUCUGCGGGCCCGAGUGGCAUCACUCCCACCCUCCAGUAG